CCCUUCUUAUUUUAAAUUAUUUACAAAUACUAUAUUCUCUUCAAAAUACAAAAAGGGCACAAAACACGCACACAACACAAGACACAACCAUUUGAUUUCUUGGUGAAGAGGUUAGGUUGGGUGUUAAAUAUAUAUCACUCAGCUCCACAAAAUAUAACCCCACAUUACACAACACAACACAACACAACACUCACCAACGUUAAACGUUUCAAAACAUCCGCAAUAUUUGCACCUUCUUCCCGCCGCUUCCUUGUUCAUUCUCUUUCUCGAUUAAGCUUUUCCUUCCUUUUCACCUUCUUCUCUCUCUUUCUUAUUCUUUCUGCCAGCAAUGCCGACUUUUACUGCCAUAGCGUUGGAUAGGUUGAUAGAGCCGGGAGCUUCUAAGGCAGUUGAUAAAUCUGCUCCAACUUCAAUGCCUGUCCCAAACUCGCAGAACCUGGAGAGAACUACGAAUGUGUCAGCCAAGAAAACUAAGGUUCCUCGUCCUCCAUUGAAGCCGGCACUUUAUACCACUCCUGAGGUGACGCCGCUUCCGGAUGCGCCUUCUUCGUUCCCUCCUUCGCCAUAUAUAAUCAACCACAAGCGCCGUGGUCCACGCCUCCUCAAGAGUUCCUCUGAGGCCAGUGUGCUGUCCGAGGUGAAUAUUCAUGGUGGUGAAGAUGUUAGCGACAAGAGCUUUGAUGAUGUUGUUGCAAGUUCGGCUGGUGACCUUCAUGUUAGUUCUAGGAGCCCUGAGCUCGUUAAAGAGGAGCAGGUGAAUGGUGUCCCUGACGGCAAACUUGAUGGCAGCAAUGAUGCUGACCUUGCAAAUGGACACAUAGAAACUGGAAGUAGUAACUUGACUGAUGGUUUACUCAAGGAAAAGCCAUUGACAUUGAAUUUGGACAGAGAUAGAGUGGUUGAGGACUUUUUUGACCCACGAGAUUCAAUGAGUUUCACGAGUAAUACAGAUGGGGAAGAGAAUGCAGGGACAGAACUGUCUAUGAAAUUCAGCUGUUCUGGUGGGGAGUUUUAUGAUGCAUGGGAAGAAUUAUCUUCCGAAAGCAUGACACAAAGUUCUACACACCAUACUGAAGCUGAAUUGCGUGAAAUAAGAUUAAGUCUGUUGAUGGAAAUUGAGAAGCGGAAGCAAGCUGAAGAAUCCCUUGACAACAUGAGAAGCCUGUGGGAAAGUAUUAGGCAAGGGUUAUAUCAAGUAGGCAUCAUUUUGCCUGCAGAUCUUACCGCUGUUGCUGAGGGUGAGCAGCAUAUUUCUGAUCCCGUUGAAGAUCUAUGUCAACAAGUUUAUAUUGCUCAGUUCAUAUCAAAUACCAUUGGAAAAGGGACUGCGAGGGCUGAGGUAGAGACAGAGAUGGAAGCUCAACUAGAGGCAAAGAACUUUGAGAUUGCUCGACUCUUAGAACGUCUCCACUGUUAUGAGACCAUGAAUAGGGAGAUGUCUCAGAGGAACCAAGAAGCAGUAGAGAUGGCACGGCGUGAGAGGCAAAGGAGCAGCAAGAGGCAGAGAUGGAUUUGGGGCUCCAUUACAACUGUGAUUGCUCUUAGUACUGCUGCAAUAGCAUGGUCUUAUCUCCCAACAGGUAAAGGAUCGUCCUUCACUGACCACGAUCUAGUUCCUGAACAAGAUGAUGCAGCCAAGUGAUUUAUCACAUCACCAUCAACUGCAAUGCCGUAUUAUAUGGUAGGAGAGCACAAUAAAAGUUUUACAUGCCGCCAUGUCAACUUUUCUCUUUAUCAGUUGCAAUUUUCUGGCAUUCGACUGUGCAUAGUUUAGAUAUAUAGUGAACUUGUGCCUUCCCCUGGAAAUCUUGGUAUGUAGCUCAGUGAAGUGUUUUGAUCCGUAUUGUUGAGAAAAUAUUCCAUGACUUAGUAUGCGUUCGUGGGUGCUGGCAGUUUCACUUGGAAAUUCAGAGGAUACUAUCCAUUGGUACAAUGCUUUCAUAAUAAAUUCUCUAAGCCUGCUCCUAUAAGCAUUUUCAUGCAGCAAGAGAGAUUGGAUUGACAAGGAAAAUCUGGUUGAGCAUUGAAAGAAUGGACUAGUAGAAUUCUGGCUUGUGUGAGCUGUCUCUAUGUUGGUUGUUCGUUGGUGAAAGUAGCGUAUUAGUAAAAUACAAAUUAUAAGAAUUCGUUGACAACACAGGUAGACGUAGGUCACAGAUACAUUACGUUAGAGAUCGAGAUAAAGCACUGCUGAUAGUAAUAAUCCUAUCCUACCAGCAAUUUGUUAUGUUAGUCAAUUGUUCUCUUUGGAUUUUCCAGAACCAUGCACCGGGAAAGGCUGAUUCAUAUUUUUAUAGUAGGUUAGUGAGAAAUUUGUGAUUUGUUGAACACCCUUUAAUUUUUGCUGUUUCCGAUAACCAGGUAUUUUCGUUAAGUGUGGAUAGCCCGUUGAUAAUUUAAGAAUAUCUAUUUUAUUAUUUAGUAAUUAUAGCUUUAACGGAUUGUUAACUAGGUCAUAGCUCAAAGAUGUUGAAGCUGUGGCUUAUAUAUAGAUUCAAAUGUUAUUGACGAAGAUUUACCAGAAAAAAAUAAAUGUAUCGACAAAAGUCCCUAUAAGCUGAACCUGGUUAAUUUUGUUGUGGAAUAUUUAGCAGAACACAAAUGUAUGUGACAAUAAGUUUAAUUGUAUUUUUUAGUUUAAUACA